CUGCCAUGGCAGGUGGAACCGAAGCCUUCCCGGAUUUGGGAUCACACUGCCAUCACGUUGAUUGCAAUCAACUCGAUUUUCUCCCUUUCACAUGCGACGCUUGCUCUCAGGUUUUCUGUUUGGAACAUAGAUCUUACAAGUCCCACAAUUGCCCUAAAUCACACCAUCGGAGCAGGAAGGUUGUGGUUUGUCCAACAUGUUCCAUGUCAAUUGAGACCACUGGUUAUAAUGAAGACGACGAGAAGGCUAUAUUGCAGAAGCAUGACAGAUCUGGAAUGUGUGACCCCAGCAAGAAGAAGAAGCCCACUUGUUCUGUAAGAAGAUGCAAGGAGGUUUUGACGUUUUCUAAUACCUGCACUUGUAAAAAUUGCCACCUGAAGGUGUGCCUCAGGCAUCGCUUUCCUGCGGACCACGCAUGUAAAGGAGGAACCUCUUCUUCUUUGUCAUCACCUGAAGCUCCUUCAAAUGGGAGUUGGAAGGAUCGAUUCUUGGCUGCUCUGCCUUGGAGAACUAAUGGACAGCAAUGUUCCCAAGGCAGGGCACAAAGCACCUCAUCUUCUAGUACUCCGUUUGUUAAAAUCUUCUGAGGACGCAGUAAGAUCAUACUUGUAUUGUAUGUGCUUAUCGGAUGUGAUGUCUACCAUAGGUGCUUAGUCAUUAUUGUACAAUUUGAUGGCAGGGAAUAACAAUUCCUUUUCAAAAUGCAUUCAACAUAUGUUUGGAAUGCUAAUAAUUA